AUGGGAAAAGCCGGCCGUGUCGCGUGUAUCUUCACGCCUUAUGUGCUUACGAUCGCCUCGCUGAUCUGUAUUAUCUUCGUCGGCCUGGGCUGUACCAAGUCCAGCUCUAACACCUUGAACAACCUUUACUUUAUGCGGAUCAAUCUCCAAAAUAUCACUAGCGAAGGAUCCGAAACAGUAACCGAAAUCGAGAAUCUCCUUGAAGAGUACGGAAUCACCGACGUCAGUGCCCAGAAUGUCUCCGAUGUCCUCAGCAAACUCCAGGAUGACAGCACUCUGGCGGACUUCUACCAGAUCGGUCUCUGGGGCUACUGCGAUGGUGAUAUUAGCAACAACAAGACCAACGUGACGGAAUGCUCCAAGCCUAAGAGCGAGUUUUACUUCGACCCCUUCUCCGUCUGGGGCCUGGACUCCUCGGAUAUUAAGGACGAGCUGCCCAGCGGCUACAACAAGGUUAUGAAGAUCUACAAGGCGGUCUCCAAGUGGAUGUUCAUCGCCUACCUGGUCGCCUUCAUCGCCACUAUCGUCGAGAUUGUGCUUGGUUUCUUCGCCAUUUGCAGCCGCUGGGGCAGCUGUGUCACCACUAUCUUUGCUCUGCUUGCCUUCCUCUUCACCGCCGCUGCCUCGAUCACCUCGACCGUCCUCUUCUCCAUUUUCAAGUCUAGCCUGGGCACAACUCUCAAGGCCUACGGAAUUAGCCUGUCUAUGGGCAAGAACAUCUUCGCUGCUACUUGGUUGGCCGUUGCCUUCUCCCUCGCCGCUCUGAUCUUCUGGACCUUCAGCGUUUGCUGCUGCUCCGGUCGCUCGCCAUACGGCGACCGCAACAACAAUGCCACUCGCGGCGUCACUGCCGAAAAGGCCCCCUACACCUACGAGCCUCUCGGUGCCGGUCAGGUCCCCUACGGCCACCAGCAGCCCACCUCGUACCCACCCCCCGCUGCUCACGGCGGCCAGUACCCCAUGACCAACACCAACCAGCGAUCAAACGCCUACGAGCCCUUCCGCCACUCCUAA